GGAUGCUCACUGUGGGAUUAUGGAGAGGUGCUGAGGUGUUUUGGAGUUAAGACUUCCACACUGUCCCAGCACUUUUCUAAUACAACCUCCUCAACAUGAAGACUGUCCUCGCCACGCUGGUCCUGUUCGCCGCUGUGCUACACACUGUGUUGUCUUGUCCGAUGUGUGAAGGUGAGGGGUUGAAGUGUCACACCUGUGUAGCAAAUAACCUGGACGAGUGUUUCCGGCAGGGCUCGACUGUGUGUCCUGCUCAUUCAGAUGCCUGCUCUACCAUCACAGGACCCAACUCUGUGAUGAAGUCAUGCGCUUACAAGUCCUUCUGUGACAAGUCUCACAUGAGCAAUGGGGAGAUGAAGCUGGAAUGCUGCUUCAAUGACGACUGUAACGGCCCUCACCGGUCCCACAGCCACGGGGAGCACUACAACACUGCCAUGAGCCUGAGCUCCAGCCCUGUCCUGCUUCUGGGGGUCCUGCUGCUUAGACUGGCUCUCAGUUCCCUGUAAACCUGAACACAGAGACCCUUAGUCAUGCAUGUAUCAUAAAUACAUGAAUAAAUGAUGGAGGACAGGUGUUAAUGUAACUGAUAGAUGAGCUUUUGUCUGUUGGACGGCAGAAUAAUCUGUGUGUUUUUGCUGUUACACAUACAGGGGUUAAAUAAACACUGCUUAGAUUUGGUGUUCAUCUCUUUUAUAUUCUGUUGUAUGUGAGCUCAAAUGAGCAUCUGCUAAACUAAUGAAUACAUUAAUAAAUGACCAGUUAAAAUGUU